UGUCUACAGCCAAGAGCUAAUGGCAGGGGACAGAGCCAAACAUUGUGAGCUGGACCAAGAGAAAUACGAUGCCCAUGACAACGUGAAGAUCAUCUGCCUGGGGGACAGUGCGGUGGGCAAGUCCAAGACAUUUUAAAGACCAGCCCCUUUGAGACCUCAAGCAGAGAGAGAGACCAUGGUAGAAUCUGUGUCUAGAAGAAGGUUGGUGGGUGAGAAAACCUUGUUUUCAUUUCAUGUGACUCAAGAAUUCUCUGCCAGUUUUCAGUAUUUCAAGGCCCCAAGACCCCCCCACCAGGUGAUUCUAGACUGCAUCAUGUUGACAUUUGAAAUUUAAUAAUCAUAGGAGCGUUAAAAUCUGUUUUUAUUUAAAACUUAUAUGACUGUUAUGUAAAUUAUAUGUAUAUAUAUACACAUACAUAUGAUUUUAAUAUCUUUCUAGGAGAUGGGAGGUUUGUUGUUUUGUUCUUUCUUUAGAUUUACUGUAUGGUCUGAUUGGGAACCAGUAGUUAUAACACCAAGAAAAGUUUUCAAGGCUAUCCUGUGACUCCAAGACAUAUACCAAACUAAGCUUGUUAGCUGUGUUCACAUCUAUGUGUUCAGAUGCUGACUGGGCACCAGUGCACUGCCUGGACAUUGGGAGAUACCCGUAGACUAUAGCUUCCCAAACUGCUGUGCCACAUCCUCUGUUCUGAUUGAUAGAGGCAUUAAGGUAAAUCAACAAGUGUUUCUGUUGGGGUUCUGUGCAGGUCAGGGAGAAACGAAAGAGUUCAAACCAGGUGGAACGUCUUACCUCCUACAGUCACCUUCCUGCUCAGGUGACAUCUAAGCAAAGCCUUAAGGAACAGCAGAGUCUUGAGAAAAUGACUACCGAUUGAAGAAUAGUCUUCUUGGCCUCAGUUUCCCCUGCAUAGAUGGGUAAUUCUGUGUGUAGCAGUAUGUGAGAGGAAAAUAAGGGGUCAGAGAGCCCCAUGCAGAUUGACCCAGAGAGUGGCACCAGUGGGUUGGCCGUUUGGCCUUGGUAAUGGUGAUUCCCACGGUGCAGGCUGACUAGAAACUGACUGAAAAUUCACAAGAGAUAAGAAGCCCCCCGUGGCUUCCAGGUUGUCAGCCCAGGGGUGAUAAAGUAGGGACAAGAAGUUAGAGAUGCUGCGUGACCUGUGACCUCACACAUUUCCCUUACAGACUCAUGGAGAGGUUUCUCAUGGAUGGAUUUCAGCCACAACAACUGUCCACAUAUGCUCUGACCCUGUAUAAGCACACGGCCACAGUAGACGGCAAGACCAUCCUUGUGGACUUCUGGGACACAGCAGGCCAGGAGCGGUUCCAGAGCAUGCAUGCCUCCUACUACCACAAGGCUCACGCCUGCAUCAUGGUAUUUGAUGUCCAGAGGAAAAUCACUUAUAAGAACCUGGGUACCUGGUAUGCAGAACUUCGGGAGUUCAGGCCGGAGAUCCCAUGCAUCCUGGUGGCCAAUAAAAUUGAUGCAGACAUACAGAUGACUCAAAAGAACUUCAGUUUUGCCAAGAAGUUCUCCUUGCCCCUGUACUUUGUCUCUGCUGCUGAUGGAACCAAUGUUGUGAAGCUCUUCAAUGAUGCAAUUCGAUUAGCUGUGGCUUACAAGGAAAGUUCCCAGGACUUCAUGGAUGAGGUUUUACAGGAGCUUGAGAACUUUAAGCUGGAACAGAAAGAGGAGGAUGCACCAGACAGAGAGCAGAGUGACGUGAUCAAGAGCCCAUCUCCUUAAUCAAGAGGACACCCACACAUGGCUGAGCUGGGGUACUGGAAGCCAUUUGGAAUAUCCAAUAUCUCUGGAGAACCUCUCCAGACUACCCCUGCUCAGCUUCCUGCAAACCCACUGUUCUGUGGUCCGUGAUGAGGUCAACAAAAACACACUAGACUGACAUGAUAUCCCACCAGCUUCCUGCAGCAGGGUGAGAGAACCGUGUCUUUGACAUCUCUCCAACACACCAGCAGCCUGGCAGUGUAGUCAGUGAACACACUCAUGUCUUCUUACUAGACACUUAAGAUUGUCGUCCUUCAUCCCAAACUGACCUCAGGGACUCUCCUUGCACUCUUGCGGACAGAAUGUGUCCUGCAGAAUUUGUGACACUUCUGUCCGUUUUCCCUCUGAGUUUCCCAACCAACUUUUUCAACAUUAUUUUGGACAGACAACUGUUAAUUCCAGAUUUUUUUAGUGCUGUUUCAGGAGCUCUUCUUGGUCGGGUUGGGAGCACAGGAGCAGGCUGUUGCAGUCACGUGAUAUGCAGUCUAGCCAUAUCUAGUCAUACACACACAUUACUGUUCCCCACCACAUGAACAACAGCUUUUAAAGCCUCCAUCUCAGGGCAGAGAGCACUCCACUUGUCUAGAGCAGGUUAAACACUCAUCUUCUGUGGAUGGCAGGAAAUGGCAGAGGAAGAGCUGCCCUAAGUCCACAGCUUGUUAGUUUGCUCUUAUGACUGUCUUGAGCAUCGUUUGCAUUGUCUUUAUUAUUUUGUUUGUAUUGUUUCCUUUUUUACAAUAAAGAUUAAAUUUCAUAAACA